CUGUAGUAAGCAGUAUAAACUCCCAUAGUAUUCCAAAUAUAAGAUUAAGAAUGUUACUGUAGUAAGCAGUAUAAACUCCCAUAUUAUUCCAAAUAUAAGAUUAAGAAUGUUACUAUAGUAAGCAGCAGGAUCUAGACAGGCAGAUAUUACGAUUGAAAAACCAUCCCUCAGAAAACUUUAACUUUAUGGUUGUGUCUGGUUCCCCUCGCCUCGGAAAGUUUAACGGUUCUGUUCGGGUUCCAGGGCGUGAUGCAGGGGGGAACCCUGAAUCCUGGGAGGGUGGUGGGCCCCCUGGGGGGUGGGAGGAGCCCCCUGGGGGCUGGGAGAUUGCCCCCACCUCCUCCCAAGAAGUCGGGCAGACUAAACCGGAAGCCCGAAAAUCCACCAGACGACCUGUAAAACCACCCCCGGACCGGGCGAAGCGCUCCAUCUUUAUUUUUUCCCUAAAAAAUCCACUUCGUCAAUUUUUCAUCCAGAUAACCGAGGCCAAAUGGUUUGAGAUAUUCAUACUGUUAGCUAUAUUAGGUACCUGUAUAUCCCUAGCUGUGUAUACUCCGCUACCGAAUGGAGACACUAAUGAUAUUAAUGAAUUUUUAGAAGAAAUUGAGGUGAUAUUUACUGUAGUAUUUACUACUGAAUGUCUGAUGAGAAUAAUUGCUCUUGGUUUUAUAAUGCAUCCCUCCAGCUACCUCAGGAACACAUGGAACAUUCUGGACUUCACCAUUGUUAUGAUAGGUUUACAGAUUGAAGGAUUUGAUGUUAAAGCUCUUAGGGCUUUCAGGGUCCUUCGUCCACUAAGACUUAUUUCUGGGGUCCCUAGUUUACAAAUUGUCAUGAACGCAAUCUUGAUGGCGAUCAUUCCGUUGAUGAACAUUGCCUUGCUGGUUCUCUUCGUUAUCAUCAUCUACUCCAUCAUCGGCUUAGAGCUGUUCAUGGGAGCUUUCCAUAAAACAUGUUUUGAUAUUUACACAGGAGAAAUGAUGGAAGAUCCAACACCUUGCGGCGGUAUUUACAACUGCCCCAAUGGAACUGAAUGUCGCGGCGAAUGGGAGGGUCCACAAUGGGGCAUCACAAGCUUCGACAACUUUGGUCAGGCCAUGCUCACUGUUUUUCAGUGUAUAACUCUAGAAGGCUGGACCGAUAUGCUUUACUGGAUUCAUGACUCCCAAGGAAACACGUGGCAAUUUAUUUACUUUGUGUCAAUGGUGGUGCUCGGGGCCUUCUUUGUUAUGAACCUCAUUCUUGGUGUUCUAAGCGGAGAAUUCUCAAAAGAGAAGGAAAAGGCGCAAUCCCGCGGAGAUUUUCAACGGUUACGCGCUCAACAACAACUGGAAGAGGAUUUACAGGGAUAUAUAGACUGGAUAACACAAGCUGAAGAGAUGGAACAAAAAGAAGAAGAUCUAGCGAACACAAUCAAGGGAUAUAUAGACUGGAUAACACAAGCUGAAGAGAUGGAACAAAAAGAAGAAGAUCUAGCGAACACAAUCAAGAUUGAAAUGAAACUUUCAGUUCCUGUUACAGCAAACGUCAAUGAAGGAGAGAAGCGGCCAAGACGACAUCUGCGGCAGACAACGUGGCAGAAACGAAUUAAGAACUUUGAAAAGUGGAACAGGAGUAUGCGAAGACAAGCACGUUUGGUUUGUAAAUCCCAGGCGAUGUUCUGGCUGAUUAUCUGCCUUGUUUUCCUUAACACUUGUGUUCUAGCCACAGAACAUCAUAAUCAGCCCCCUUGGUUAGAUGAUUUCCAGGAGUACACAAACCUGUUUUUUGUAAUUUUGUUUACAUUUGAAAUGUUGCUCAAAAUGUAUGCCCUGGGUCUCUCUGGAUAUAUGGUCUCCCUGUUCAAUAGGUUUGAUUUCUUCGUUGUUGUGAGUUCUAUUCUUGAGUUUGUUCUUGUAAACCAGCAAUUAAUGCCUCCACUUGGGAUGUCCGUCCUGCGUUGUAUUCGUCUUCUUAGAGCUUUCAAAGUUACGAGAUAUUGGUCCUCAAUGGGAAACCUGGUGAAAAGUUUGGUUAACUCUAUAGCGUCCAUCAAUGCACUCCUUGUCCUUCUUGUACUUUUCAUCUUCAUCUUUGCACUCCUUGGGAUGCAAAUAUUCGGUGGCAGGUUUCAGAACGAAGAGUCUAGAAGCACAUUUAACAGCUUUUCACAAUCCUGUUUAACCGUGUUCCAGGUAGAGGAGAGAGUGGUUUGGUUUGGUUUGUUUGGUUUUAAAUUUCUCAGAGCCUGCGAUUUAAAAUAUGGUGUUUCAGGAAUAAAGGGAAUGGGAGCCAUAGCUAGCUUGUAUUUCAUAAUUCUGUUUGUGACUGGUAACUUUAUUCUGUUAAACGUUUUCCUCGCUAUUGCUGUGGACAACCUCUCUACCGAGGACGACGACGUGGAGGUCGAGGAGGAGGCUGAACCUCAGAACCUCAAUGGGAAAGAACCACCUCCAAAAUAUUCUCAGGAUGAUUCUAAAAUUCAAAUACUGGGAGACCUUGAAGAUGACAUAAUGGAAGAUAUCCCGCCAAAUAUUCCACUCAAGGAUAUGGUAGAUGAAGAGGUACCUGUAUAUGAUGAAGAUGAUUCACCCAACUCAGUUCCACCAAUUCCAAGCGGAUCCUCAUUCUUCAUCUUUUCAUCAACUAAUCCGUUCCGUGUAAUGUGUUGGAGGAUACAAGGGCAUCCAGUCUGUGGAAAUAUAAUCCUUGUUUGUAUCCUGGUCUCAUCAAGCUUCCUAGCCUGUGAAGAUCCACUCCGAGCUAAAUCAGAAAUUAACCAGACGCUAGGCCUGUUUGAUUACUUCUUUACAACAGUGUUUACCCUGGAGUGUACCUUGAAACUCAUCUCCUACGGUCUUUUCUUCCAUGAAGGAGCUUUCUGCAGACAGGCGUUUAAUUGUCUGGAUAUAAUAGUUGUGUCGGUAUCCUUGAUCUCCAUAUUCGGUGGAUCUGGGAUUGGGUUCCUCAAAAUUCUCAGGGUUCUCAGGGUCCUCAGACCUUUGAGAGCUAUUAACAGAGCUCCAGGUUUGAAGCAGGUUGUUCAGUGCAUGAUCGUUUCUGUGAAAUCUAUUGGAAACAUAAUGGCCGUUACAGUUCUUCUCAUAUUCAUGUUCGGAGUUAUAGGUGUUCAGUUGUUCAAGGGGAAAUUUUUCAUGUGUACAGAUUUAAGUAUGACCAACAAUCAAACAUGUCAGGGGGAGUAUAUAGUGUUUGCUGACGGAGACAUCAACAGACCUGUGAUUGAAGAGAGGAUCUGGGAGAGAUCUAGUUUUCAUUACGAUAAUAUUCUUCAUGCUAUGCUCACACUCUUUGUAGUAUCAACCUUCGAGGGCUGGCCGGGAAUUUUGUACGUGUCAAUUGACUCCAAUGAGGCUGAUAUAGGCCCUAAACAGGAUUAUAGACCUGUCGUAUUCUUCUAUUACUUCAUCUAUCUCAUCAUCAUUGCUUUCUUCAUGAUCAACAUUUUUGUUGGUUUUGUUAUCGUUACAUUCCAGAAUGAAGGAGAAUCCUCGUUUCAAGACUGUGCCUUAGAUAAAAAUCAAAGAAACUGUAUACAGUUUGCUAUGACUGCAAAACCGGUUCGACGAUACAUUCCAAAGCAUCCCUUGCAGUACAGACUUUGGUCCUUUGCCACCUCACCGUUCUGUGAGUACACUGUAUUCAUUGCCAUCCUGCUCAAUACUACAUCAUUGGCAAUGAAGUUUUACAGACAGCCUACUGGAUAUACAGAUUUCCUCGAUAUAUUAAAUCAAAUCUUCACAUAUUUCUUCCUAAUAGAGUGCACCCUCAAAUUAGGCGCAUUCAGAUUCAAGAAUUAUUUCGGGGAUCCAUGGAACGCUUUCGAUUUUUUCAUUGUAGCCGGGUCCUUGGUGGAUCUAGGAAUGGCGAAAAUAAACGUAAGUAUAUAUUAUUUGUUUUCAUACUAA